AUUUGAUAGCUGAUCGCUUAGUUAUAGAUAUCACGAAGUGAUCGCGGCAGACUCGAGCAGCAGACGAGCUCGAGAUGAGAGGAUCAUAUGGCUAACAGGGGAGGUUUCUACUCGAGUAGUAGACCGCGUCCCAUCGACUUCGGACCCAGCCAUACUUUACUGAUACGUCAUUCUUGAUCGGGUUUCGCCACCUCUUUUAGCAAAUAUAACAUGGCUACAUGAAGAUACUUUCCUUCGUCUUAUAUACGUCAAUUACCUGGUGGCGUAGUGAACCCUUGCGUUGGCCAUGGAGACAGCCAUGGUGACGGCUUAAGAAGUGCAGACCGCCUACGACAUGCCGAGCGACGUGCAUCUGAACGGCCACAUCUUCUCCACCACGAACGCGCCCUCUACGAACAUGUCCAAACGUCAAAUAACCUCCUUCUUUGCUCCCGUAGCAAGCAAAAAGCAGCGUUUCGAUUUAACCUCCAAACUACCACCCUCAACGCACCCAAACUACCCGCAUCCCAUCACCUGUCUGCCGCCAGCACUUGUUUUCAGCUCGCGGCAAGGAGCGGAUGUCAACGAUGGCGGUUCAUCCAGCAACACUGCGGCAACAGACGAGAUUGCUCCUCUUGUUUUCAACGGCAAGCCAGACCUCGACAUGCUGCAUUAUCAGCCUUUCCUUCACAGAAGUCUAGCGCAAGAGCUAUAUACCUUCCUUCGCCGCGAGCUACCAUUUUAUCGAGUUACGUAUUCGAUCAAACGGGACGGAACGGAUACGGUAGUGAAUACGCCACGGUAUACAUCGCUAUUUGGCGUCGACGCAAUGUGUAUAUUCCACCCAGAGACUGGAACUCUGCUCGACGCGGAAAAGAAGCUCCCUAUCAAAUACGCCUACCCUGGCUGUAAUCCGCGACCGAUACCCCAGUGUUUACUUCCUUUACUUGAGUACACAGAAGCCCGCACCAACAGCAGUUACAAUUUCCUCCUCAUCAACUACUACUCGAACGGUGCCGACUCUAUAGCAUUUCACUCCGACGACGAGUCUUUCCUCGGCGAGAACCCUACCAUCGCAUCGUUAACUCUCGGUUCAACCCGUGAUUUCGUCAUGAAGCAUAAGACCGAACCUUCCCAAAAGCUGUCGCUUCCGCUGGCAUCGGGCGAUUUGGUGCUGAUGAAAGGUACCACACAGCCAAGGUGGCUGCAUUCCGUGCCGAAGAGGAAGCAUUCCGGGCCCAGGAUCAAUAUUACAUUCAGGUUUGUCAAGACGAGGAAGGGAACGGAGAAUUAUUACAGGUAUAAUGUUGGGACUGGGCCGGUGUAUCGGUGGGAUGAAGCUACCGGGGAGAUGAAGGUGUGGGAACGCGGGAAAGAGGAGGCUGUAUCUGAAGUCGACGCUUCCGUAAAGAAAGAGACCUGAUAAAUGGGGCUUUAUUUGCGGGCUAGAACCAAAGUGAGUAGCGGUGUGCACUCAUUCGAAGAGGUCUCUGCAUUCCAGACAUCGGAGGAAUGAUUAAGUGUGAUUCUUGAAGUUAUAUUUUAUAGAAAAGCCGCAAAUUUUCGUAUGCCUCCCCAUAAUUAUCAAC